CAGCUCGUCGGCAGCCGCGCGCCUCCGUGUACGGAGGCUGCAGAGGAAAAUGGAGCCCAGCAGACCGAUCACAUCAGGAUGAGAGACCUCAGAUUCAGAUGGACAUUUGUGAAGAAGAAAACAACCUGCAGAACUCACACGGUCAGAACUCCAGCAGAGCUUUUAAAGCGAAGCAGCUGAGCCACGAUCAUCUGAUACAGGGGCAUCACCGGGAGGAUGGAGAGGACCACUCGCAGCACCAAGGUGCGACUUUCCCUGGCUACAGAGAGACAGACGCCCCCGGUAAGGAGAGAUUCCCCGUGGGUGACCUGCAGUGUCAGGCCUGGAUGACCUGUGCAAAGCCCGUUCAGGUGCAGAGGAAAACGGCCUGCCAGGGCAAAGAUAAGCCGCCUAUUGUUGUCUACCCGUGGAUGAAGAAAGUGCACGUCGCUCAUGUUAAUCCUAACCACGUGGGACCGGAGCCAAAGCGGUUGCGGACGGCCUACACGCGCCAGCAGGUUCUGGAGCUCGAGAAGGAGUUCCACUUUAGCCGCUACCUCACGCGCCGACGCCGUGUCGAGGUGGCCCACGCGCUCUGCCUGUCCGAGCGGCAGGUGAAGGUGUGGUUCCAGAACCGGCGCAUGCGCUGGAAGAAGGACAACAAGCUGCCGAACACCAAAGGACGGAGCAAAAACAAGAAGACAACGGACAACAACAACAACAGCAGCAGCAGCGGCGGCGGCGGCACCGAUAGUAACGCGAAGGCGGUGAUAACUGUUUGAAAACACGGGGGUGGGAGCAGAGUUUGGCCGUCGGUGGCAGCCAUGUUAGCACCUUCACUCUCCAAAACUCAUGUCGCUACAUUGAUCCAGGGUAACUGCGGUCCUGAAACAAUUCUCCACAGCUUUAAAAUGAUCCAUCGAUACACAGGUCAGCAGCAGGCGUUAUAAAUACUAAAAAUGUAUUUUGCCUCAUGUUUUAAAUGUUUUUAAAUCUUUCUGUUGUACAGAGAAUGCAUCAAUUUUUAGUCUGAUAUUUAAUUAAUUAGGGGAAGUCUGAGUUACAUUUAGGGCUGCAAUAAAUGGUUAUUCCAAUUUACUUAAUAAUACUUAAUAAUUAUUUUCUCAGUUAAUCCAUUGAUCCUUUAGUUUAUGAAAUGUCAGAAGAUGGUGAAAAAUAUCCAUCUCAUCCGUUUCUGAGUCCAAGAAGACUUAUUCAAAUGUCUUACUUUGUCCAACCACCAAAGAUAUUCACUUUAAUAUGAUAUGAAACAGAGAAAAGCAGGAAAUCUUCAUAGUUCAGAAACUGAAAACUGCAAAAAAACUUUAACAAUAACUCAUCUAAUCGUUGCAGCUCUGCUUACAUGUAGACAUUUUACAUGUAAACGACCUGACAUCUCUGUAACAAUUAGUGAACUGUUUCAUGUUUAGACAUCCGAUAUCGAAGGCGUAAAAGCACAGUGCCUAUAAUUGAUUGCAGUCUCGCCAAACUCUGCCUGUCUGCGGUGCACGAGGACAGAUUGUGUCUUUUGGAGAAAACAGGGUUUUAUUUCUACAGGGUAAACAUAAUACAGGGUUUUUAAAUAGCUACCUAAAAGAUUAAAUAGCUUAACUUAUGAAUAUGCACAUUACCAAAAUUUAGUUUCUACAGAUUUAAAGGGGAAAAAGAAUGAACAGGACUGAAUGAACAACACCAAAUUGCUCCGCGGCUGACCUGCAGAACGGUUGGACAAAUAAUGUUGUACCUUUUAUUUUGUACAUAGAGGAGCAUCCAAAAACUAUGAAUACUUGGUAGGAUCAUUAGCCAUGUUCACAUUUUUUCCUUAUCACCAUAAGAUCAAUAAACUUUUCAUUAAUUUAGGGGAGAAGUCACACAUUUUUACGCGCGGGGAAAUUAAAAAAAGAAUUAAAAACAGACAAAUUGGAUGUACAGGUUUUUAAAUAUACGGCGCUGACUGUAAAUCCAACACAUUUUCUCAGGGUCACAGGGUUUUAACGAAAAGAACUUUCUGAAAAGUCUGUUGUUUCAUUCAGCACCGAGGGAUUUAAAAUAAUCCUCUCUGAAAUGGCAUAAUGUUGUAUUUUCAAAGACUAUGUUCUCUGUUUGAUUCCAGUUUAAUAUGCUAUUGAUUUCUACUUUAGCCUACGCCAGUACUUAUUUUUUAUCUGUAUUAUUUAGAAGCAUAUUAUUUUAUUCUUCGUAGCAAGCAUCAUCUCCGUCCUUUUGUAUGUGUUCAUUUUGAAAAAAAAAAGUAAAACUCGUGUAAAAAAU